GCAGUCUCAUCUGUGAUGCUGGGGCCACCCUACAACCAUACAAUGGAACCCCCUGCCAUCGUCCUGGUGGGUAUUCCAGGUCUGCAAUCUUCACAUCUUUGGCUGGUUAUCUCACUGAGCAUCAUGUAUACCAUAGCCCUGUUAGGAAACACCCUCAUAGUGACUGUAAUUUGGAUGGAUUCCACUCUACAAGAGCCCAUGUACUGCUCCCUGUAUAUUCUGGCUGCUGUGGACAUUGUUAUGGCCUCCUUGGUAGUGCCCAAGAUGGUGAGCAUUUUCUCCUUAGGAGACAGCUUCAUCAGCGUUAAUGCUUGUUUCACUCAGAUGUAUUUUGUCCAUGCAGCCACAUCUGUGGAGACAGGGCUGCUACUGGCCAUGGCUUUUGACUGCUAUGUGGCCAUCUGUAAGCCCCUACACUACAAGAGCAUUCUCACACCUCAAGUGGUACUGGGAAUGAGUGUGAUCAUCACUAUCAGAGCUAUCAUAUUCAUGACUCCACUGAGUUGGAUGGUGAGUCAUCUGCCAUUCUGUGGCUCCAAUGUGGUUCUCCAUUCCUACUGUGGGCACAUAGCUGUGGCCAAGUUGGCAUAUGCCGACCCCAUGCCCAGUAGUCUCUACAGCUUGAUUGGUUCCUCCAUUACUGUGGGUUCUGAUGUGGCCUUUAUUGCUGCCUCCUAUAACUUGAUUCUUCAGGCAGUAUUUGGUCUCUCCUCAAAGAAUGCUCAGUUGAAAGCAUUAAGCACAUGUGGCUCCCACGUGGGGGUUAUGGCUCUGUACUACCCACCUGGGAUGGCAUCCAUCUAUGUGGCCUGGCUAGGGAAGGACAUAGUGCCUUUGCACAUCCAGGUGCUGUUAGCUGACUUGUACCUAAUCAUCCCACCAACCUUAAACCCCAUCAUCUAUGGCCUGAGAACCAAACAAAUAAGGGAGUGAACAUGGAGCUUGCUGACGCACUGCCUCUUUAACCACUCCAACCUGGGUUCAUGAACACAAAGUCUGUUCAGACCUUGAGCGUUCCAGCCAAGUUCAAAGAUGCCUUAGAGGUCUGUGGAGCUGGUUUGGUUCACCUGGUACCACAGAAGUUCUAAGAUGAAGCUGUAAAGGGUAACUUUGCCUAACUUUUCAAUUUUUAGCAAGGAUAUAAAUGAAAUAAUUUUCUGACAAUGUGUUUUAUGGUUUCAAUUAACUAGUAUCUGAAUCAGAGGUAAGUCUGGGAAGAGAAUAUAGAUUUGGGAUUUUUCUUUCCUUAGAUUCUGACCUACAUUUCCAACUUAGUAUCCUACCAGUCCCUCUGCAGAAGAAACCAACUGUUAGGCACCCCCAUACCUGACUGAU